AUGAUUUCCCUGCUUUCCUGCUGCAGCGGAUCCCGCCGGAAAGAAAACCGUUCCUCAGAAGCCACCAAAAAGAGUGAUCGGCCUCUUGCAUGGGCUGCUCCAAAGAACGCAUUAAUAUUCCAAGCAUUUGAAUGGCAUAUGCCCGCUGAUCAAUAUCAUUGGACUCGAUUAAGGCUUGCAUUGCCUGAUUUCAAGGCUAUUGGUGUUGACCAGAUAUGGAUCCCGCCCGGAUGUAAAGGGAUGGACCCAGCAGGUAACGGGUAUGACAUUUACGACUUAUUUGAUCUGGGCGAAUUUGAUCAAAAGGGGUCAAUCUCGACAAAAUGGGGCAAUAAGAAACAACUUGAGGAUCUGGUACAUGAAGCCCGGUCAUUGGGAAUUGGCAUUAUUUGGGAUGCUGUUUUGAAUCACAAAGCCGGGGCCGAUUUUCCUGAGCAAUUCCAGGCUGUCAAGGUACACCCGAAAAAACGGACAGUUCAAGUUUCUAAACCAUUGAAAAUAGAUGGUUGGGUAGGCUUUGAUUUCCCCGGGCGUGGGUCCACAUACAGUUCACUGAAGUAUCGUUGGCAACAUUUUACCGGUGUUGACUGGGAUGAUAAGAGCAAAGAGAACGCUCUCUACAAGAUUCAUGCGCCCGGAAAAGACUGGGCACCAGAUGUCUCAACAGAGAAUGGGAACUAUGACUAUCUAAUGUUUGCUGAUCUGGACCACUCACAUCCUGAGGUCCGGAAUGAUCUCCUUAACUGGGGCACCUGGAUCACAAAUGAGCUAUCGCUUAGUGGGAUGAGACUGGAUGCUGCUAAACAUAUCUCCAGUGGAUUCCAGAAAGACUUUGUGGCUCAUGUGCAGAAAAACACGAACUCGGAGUUUCUGGUCAUCGGAGAGUAUUGGACUGCAGAUACCCGAGCGAUCCUGAACUACCUGGAGGAUACCGGAUACAGGAUUGCAGCCUAUGAUGUUCCUCUUCUAGAGAAGUUUUCGAAACUGUCCCAUACCAAAGCAGCGGAUCUCCGUGGUAUUUUUGAUAAUACGUUGGUUCAGUGCAGGCCCAAUCAUGCCGUGACACUUGUUUCGAACCAUGAUACACAACCUGGACAGAUGCUUGAAACCCCAAUAGCUCCCGACUUCAAAGAGAUAGCAUACUCGUUAAUCCUUCUUCGCAAAGAUGGGUUUCCCUGUCUAUUUUACGGCGACCUUUAUGGGAUACGAGCCAAUGUCUCGGAUCCGAUGACGCCUGCAUGUAAUGGAAAGCUUCCUAUCCUUGCCCAGGCUCGGAAGUUGUACGCCAAUGGCAAACAGAAGGACUAUUUUGACCAACCAAACUGCAUAGGUUUUGUUCGUGCUGGGAAUCCCGGUCAUCCUUCCGGUCUCGCUUGUGUCAUCAGUAACGCAGGGCCAAGCAAGAAAAAGAUGUUCAUUGGGCGAGAGAACGGGGGUCAAGAGUGGAUCGAUAUUCUUGAGCAUCACGGCGCAUCGGUCACCAUUAAUUCCCGGGGCUAUGGCGUAUUUCCGGUGUCUGCGAUGAGUGUCAGUGUCUGGGUUAACUCUGAUGCUGCCAACAUUGGAAGUCUUCAAAAGAGCUUCAACUCGGAUAUCUAUGGCUAUUGA